AUGAAGCUUUCCGUCCUAUCCGUUCUCCUGGUCAGCGUCGCCCAGGCCGCGGCCGCUCCAUGGAGACCGCGCGAGCCUAGAGCCGCCGGAUCGAAGCGCUUGACAUUCAACGAAACUGUGAUUAGUGCGGCGCUGUCGCCUUCUUCGAUCUCGGUGCAAUGGAUCGCGACUGAGAACGACGGGGAUUAUGUGUACCAGGAGGAGGAUGGAAGCAUCAAGAUUGAGAGCAUUGUCACCAACCGAUCGCAGACAAUCGUUCCAGCCGAGAAGAUACCUGCCGAUGCAUACAGCUAUUGGAUUAGCCCGGACCUGUCCGCGGUGCUGUGGGCCACGAAUUAUACUAAGCAGUACCGCCACUCGUUCUUCGCCGAUUACUACAUCCAGGACGUCGAGACGUUGGAGACGGUGCCGCUUGUGGAGGAUAUGGUUGGAGAUAUUCAAUAUGCGGAAUGGAGCCCAAGCGGCGAUUCCAUCGCGUUCGUUCGCGGCAACAACUUAUGGACUUGGUCUGACGGGACUGUCACGGCUAUCACCAAAGACGGUGGGCCGGACAUGUUCCAUGGCGUGCCUGACUGGAUCUAUGAGGAGGAGAUUCUGGGGGACCGGUUUGCGCUCUGGUUCUCGCCCGAUUCCGAGCUCCUGGCAUUCUUGACUUUCAACGAGACUGGCGUACCCACCUUCACCGUCCAGUACUUUAUGGACAACCAGGAAAUUGCGCCUCCAUAUCCCCGCGAGCUCGACAUCAGAUACCCCAAAGUGUCCGAAACAAAUCCGACGGUCAAGUUAAAUAUCCUUCAGCUCAGCGACAACACCGUAUCGACCAUUCCAAUCGAUGUGUUUGACCCGAGCGAGUUGAUCGUUGGGGAAGUCGCCUGGGUGACUGAUACGCACACUGAGCUGGCCGUCAAGGCUUUUAACCGUGUGCAGGAUGAAUCGAAGGUCGUCAUCGUAGAGACCGCUUCUGGCGAGACCAAGAUCGCGCACGAGCGUGACGGGACCGACGGUUGGUUGGAUAACUUGCUUUCAAUCUCAUACGUUGGUCCUUUGGCUUUGGGCUCGGGGGAUGCAUCAUCCGCUUAUUAUGUCGAUCUUUCGGACCACUCCGGCUGGACACACUUGUAUCUCUUCUCAACUUCAGGCGGCGAUCCUAUCCCCUUGACGGAGGGAGAGUGGGAGGUUACGUCCAUCGUGAGCAUUGACCAGGAGCGGGAGCUGGUAUACUAUCUCUCAACCCAGCAUCAUAGCACGGAGCGACACCUUUACUCGGUGUCGUAUCGGACCUUUGAGAUUACGCCGCUCGUGGACGAUACCGUUGAAGCCUACUGGAGCGUUUCGUUUUCUGCAAAGGCCGGAUAUUACAUUCUAACGUACGCGGGUCCCAGUGUGCCGUACCAGGAGCUGUACUCUGUGAACCAAACAGCCCCACUGCGUACUCUCACCAGCAACGCAGCCCUGAUCGAGAAGCUGGAGGAAUACGCGUUGCCCAACAUUAGCUAUUUCGAACUGGAGAUUCCAAGUGGUGAGAAGCUCAAUGUGAUGCAACGGUUGCCCGUCGGGUUUUCCCCGGAUAAGAAAUAUCCCGUACUAUUCACUCCAUACGGCGGUCCAGGAGCUCAGGAAGUCAGCAAGAGAUGGCAGUCACUGGAUUUCAACGCGUACAUUGCAUCCGACCCCGAGCUUGAGUAUGUGACCUGGACGGUCGACAACCGCGGAACCGGCUACCGGGGCCGCGAGUUUCGCUCUCUGGUGGCUAAGCAGCUCGGAAAGCUCGAGGCAGAGGAUCAGGUCUACGCUGCAAAGCAGGCCGCCAAACUUGACUGGGUUGACUCCGAGCAUAUCGCCAUCUGGGGUUGGAGUUACGGCGGUUAUCUCACUGGGAAGGUCCUGGAAACCGACAGCGGUGCCUUCUCGCUUGGUUUACUGACCGCGCCUGUUUCAGACUGGCGGUUAUACGACUCGAUGUAUACUGAACGAUACAUGAAGACACUUUCGACAAACGCGGAGGGCUAUAACACGACCGCGAUCCGUCACACGGACGGCUUCAAGAACGUUGAAGGCGGGUUCCUAAUCCAGCACGGCACCGGCGAUGACAACGUCCAUUUCCAGAACGCGGCGGCGCUGGGGGAUACACUGAUCGGAAACGGGGUGACGCCGGAGAAAAUGCAGGUGCAGUGGUUUACAGACUCGGAUCAUAGCAUCCGUUAUAACGGAGGGAACGUGUUUCUGUACAGACAGCUGGCGCAAAGGCUGUACAAAGAGAAGAACCGAGCGAAGAAGGAGCAGCACCAGUGGAGCAAGAGGAGCCAGGACUGGGUUGUUUAG